UUUGGGGGUGCCAGAUCUGUUAUUUCGGCUCCCUCUUGGUCGUGUCAUAUGUGUUGGUCCAGCACUAUUAACCGAUACAUCGACCCCGAUGUCAAACACUCAUGUCCUGAAAUAUGUUUUCCCUGGCCACAUAUCAACAGGCUGACACCCCUCGACACGAACAGACUCCAUAGAUUUUCUCUUCAGCGCAA